UGAGGCGGGUAUAUAUAGGAGGAACCUGGCGGGGUACACUCAGUCUCACCCGGAGCUUCAACAAGAUGAUUAAGACUGUGAUCGUUGUGUUGUCCGUCUUCCUCCUUGUGGCCGCUGCCAUGGCCAGCCCCAUGCCCGACCCUGGCUAUGGUGGCCAUGGUGGAGGAUAUGGUGGAGGACAUGGUGGCGGAUAUGGUGGAGGAUAUGGUGGUUAUGGUGGCCGUGGAGGUGGAUAUGGUGGCUAUGGAGGAUACGGUCAUGGUGGAGGAUACGGCUAUGGUGGCUACGGCGGUGGUUAUGGAUAUGGGCGUUAAAGGUCAACAUUGGCAGUAUCAACAUCCGGAUAAUAAUGUUAAAUUUAUUCUCACGAUAUUAUCUCACAUUUCUCAAGUUUCUUCCACAUUUACCCAUGUUAAAAAAUAUUAAUUAUUUUUACACAUAAUAAAAAAAAUCCUAAAAUAA